UUGCUCUUCUUCCGGGUGUGGGUGUGUCCGUUGACAGAUGACUUCACACAUUAUGGAGCAGAGCUCCUUCUGUGCUUAAGUUCAUCGUUUAAAAAACCGUCGCCUUUGGGUUUUCUUCUCCUGUGUCGGUGGUUCGGUAGCUGGGAUGCUGUGUCAGGAUGGGAAACAUCUUUGGAAAAAAGAAACGCACUCGUGUCACGGAACAAGACAAAGCCAUUCUGCAACUGAAACAGCAAAGAGAUAAACUGAAGCAGUACCAGAAGAAGAUCAACCUGCAGCUGGAGAAGGAGCGACUGUUGGCCAAACGACUGCUGAAAGACGGAAAGAAAGAGAAGGCCCUCCUACUGCUGAAGAAGAAGCGCUACCAGGACCAGCUGCUGGACAAGACCGACAACCAGAUCAGUAACCUGGAGCGCAUGGUCCAAGACCUGGAGUUCACACAGAUUGAGUUGAAGGUGGUGGAAGGACUGAAGGUCGGAAACGAGUGUCUGAAGAAGAUGCACGAGUCCAUGACCAUAGAAGAAGUGGAACGCAUCAUGGACGAAACGCAAGACGCCAUCGAGUACCAGAGGCAAAUAGACGACCUGUUGGCCGGCGCUCUGUCUCCAGAGGACGAAGACGCCGUAUUGGCCGAGCUGGAGGCCUUAACUCAGGGAGACGUGGAUCUUCCUGACAUUCCCUCAGAUGAACUCCCACAAGUCCCAGCGGCUGCAGAGGUGAAACCAGAGCGUGAACGAUCUCGGAAGAAGGCGGAGCCUGAGCUGUUGGCAGAGUAGAACCCGGACAGAACCACAGACGUCUGGGUCCCACCCCAGGGGUCUGACCCAUGUCCCAUCCCAGGGUUCUGUCCCACCCCAGGGGUCUGUCCCACCCCAGAGUUCUGUCCCACCCCAGGGUUCUGACCCAUGUCCCAUCCCAGGGUUCUGUCCCAUCCCAGGGGUCUGUCCCACCCCAGGGUUCUGUCCCACCCCAGGGUUCUGACCCAUGUCCCACCCCAGGGUUCUGUCCCACCCCAGGGUUCUGUCCCACCCCAGGGUUCUGACCCAUGUCCCACCCCAGGGUUCUGUCCCACCCCAGGGUUCUGACCCAUGUCCCACCCCAGGGUUCUAUCCCACCCCAGGGUUCUAUCCCACCCCAGGGUUCUGACCCGGCUGGACACAAACACCUGAGCUCGUUAAAAUGAUGACGUCGUUAAUGCAGAUCUAUGACAUCACAUAAUGUGCCUACCAUGUUUAUUUAACCCUUUUAUAACGGACAUGGACCUGACCCCGCCCCAAAGGUUCCGUUCAUCCACAGGAUUCGAAGCGGAUCCGAUGAGUUGGUUUUCAGUGUUCGUUAAAGCUCAUUACUGUCCUCUGCCUCGUCCCGCGGUGCGUUCACUGUCACCGGACAAAAGGCUGCUCCAAUCAGCUGCUGCUAAUCUGUCUACGGUGGACUCCGCCCACUGAGUGGACUCCGCCCACUGAGUCUUACCAGUGGGCGGUGCUUCGGCUUCGGCUGAAUUCCUUUUAUUUUCCAGGUCUGUAAACGUCUCAUCAGGUUUCUGUCCCAAUCAUCCACAGUUUAAUCCAAAUGUGAAUGUUUAACCGCCUCUGACUGCGUCGCCUUCAUCUGGUCACUCUAAACCACAGCUGUCAAACAUGAGGCCCGUGGGCCAACACCGGCCCUCCAAAGGGUCCGAUCCGGCCCGCGGCAUGAUUUUAUGGAGUGCAAAAAUGACCCUGAAGGUGUGACCAGUCUGUGGUGUGGAACUGGUGUGAGCCCAGUGUGAUCUACGGUCCAGUAAUAGAACCCUAAGAACCCUGACAAGCAAACGUCAACAACCUGAAAAUUAAAUACAAUUUGAACAAUAUUCUGUAUAUUAUAAUAUAAUAAUAAUAAUAUAAGAUAAAAACUUGGAGUUGUCAUUAUUCAUAGUUUUUAUCUUACCGGCCGACAGGCUGU